UGAGAUCUUUGGCUGAAAAGAGCUUUGCAAAUGCAAGCUGCUAUUGCUGCUGUGAUGAAUUCCUCGGUCAGCAGCAGAUCAGAAUUCCAAAGCAAAAGGAAUCAGAAGAACUUUCUGAUUGUCUAGGACUACCACCAUGGGAGAAGAGGCCAGACUCACAGCACCCUGAUGCUGACCUACAGCAACGUGGCUGUCCAUGCUCCAAAAGAUCAGCUUCUCUCCCGAGUAGAGGCAGACAUCACAGGGAACAUCCUUCUCCAUUACAGAGCCAGUGGUCAGGUGCUGGGCAUCACUGUUGCGAACAAGGACGUGUACCUAAAAUUAACCCUCAUCCACAAUGUCAUGGAGAUUAGCUGUGCCAUCUUGGAGACCAGAGACUCCCAGGAGUUCGAAUUCUCGUACAAACUGGAGCUCCUUGGCUACAUGCUGGUGAGUGAUUAG